CUGCACGUACCUUGAUCAUGUCGGACUACCGGGAUAUUAUUUCUUCUCCUCCCGUCCUCCUUUUCUCUUCGCUUUCUAUCGAUAAUUUAUUCUUGUGCGGACGGCGGCAGCCGUGCGACAGUUCGGAGCAGCCAGUGUUCCAUUCGGCCGCAGCAGGCUGGCAAGUUACCCUCAAAUAUGCCAGUAAUCUCUCGCAAACUCAUUCGGUUUCUACCGCUAGCGUGCAUUUGCGUUCUACUCCUUCUCCUCGGGAAUUGGCGCCGCUCCCCGGAUAGAUGGAGUUUGACUGCGACGUACAAUGAGGAGGCGUACAUGAAGCCGGAUGCUGCGUCGGAAAAGAGGGCUGAGAUUGUUGGCGCUUUCAAGCAUGCAUGGCAUGCCUAUGAAAGAGAUGCAAUGGGAGCAGACGAGUACCACCCUCUCUCGCACAAGGGCUCAAAUUUCUCCGUUCACGGAGGCAUCGGGUACACCAUCGUCGACGCCAUAGACACGAUGUAUAUCAUGGGUCUGAAUGACGAGUAUGCACGAGCGCGGCGGUGGGUCGAACAGAGUCUCUCGUUUGAUAAGGAAGGAUCAUUUAGCACAUUCGAGACUACGAUCCGCGUUCUUGGUGGUCUUCUUUCGGCAUUCACCCUCACUCGGGACAGGCUCUAUGUUCAUCGCGCCAUAGAGCUCGCAGAUCGGCUACUACCCGCCUUUGAUACCAACUCGGGCUUACCCCUUCCAUCUGUCAACCUUGCUCGUCGAGUGGGUAUCCCGGAUUCUGCGGCGCCUGAAAUCAUUAGUACUGCCGAAGCUGCGACGUUGCAGCUUGAAUUUCGGUAUCUAGCUCAGUUGGCGAAGCGGCCUGAUUUCUGGCGUAAAUCGGAAAAGGUUAUGCAUGUGAUACAUGACCUUUUGGACAAGGCGGAGGGUUUGACACAUCUUGCGCCAAUACUGAUGAAGCAUUCCAAAGGCCUUUUCGUGACCUCAGAUAUACGUCUCGGUUCCAGAGGCGGUUCUUAUUAUGAGUAUCUACUAAAACAAUUCCUCCAGACUAACCGAACAGAAUGGUUGUAUCGCGAGAUGUACGAAAAGUCGACGCGAAGCAUUCACACUCGAAUGGUGCAAAGAACCUAUCGAGAGAAGCUGGUUUUCAUCGCGGAACUACACCCUGGCUCACUGCUGCACCCAAAGGUAAUACCGAAGCAAGACCAUCUAGUAUGCUUCUUCCCCGGCACACUCAUGCUCGGCGCCGUAACGGGGAUCUCGAGGAACCGACUGACCAUCCCACCCAAAGUGGAACAAAUGUCCGUUACGUCUCAGCGUGACUGGUAUCUGGGAUUGGAGCUACUGGACUCGUGCAUGGAGACCCAUAAUACAGAGACUGGUCUCGCUCCCGAAAUUGCGAUGUUCAAAAUAGACGAGGCAGACAAGGGUAAAGGUCACCCCGAACGGGACUGGUACAUCAAAAGUUCCAAGAAAGGAGGGCCAGCAUCGUAUGAUGCUAGAUAUAUGCUGCGGCCUGAAACUGCCGAAUCCCUCUUCAUCGCCUGGCGCCUCACACAUGACAGUCGAUACAGAAAAUACGCGUGGGAUAUCUUCUCUGCUAUUCAGAAACACUGUCGUUUGAAGAAUGGUGGGUAUGCGACCAUCCUAGAUGUAGAUACCGUCCCAGUGUCGCUAGAAGAUAAGCAAGAGACAUUUUUCCUGAGCGAGACGUUGAAGUAUCUCUAUCUGACGUUCUCGGAUGAUGAUGUGCUUUCGCUGAAAGAUUAUGUGUUCAAUACUCAGGCACAUCCGUUACCAGUGUUCAAACCCAACGCGGGCCUUAGGCAUGCAUAUACGUAA